UGCGGGUCCAUUUAAAGCUCAUAGCGAGAGUUAUUAUCCGACCUGAUGUGUGCUUUUGCCAGCUUUCGACCACGAUGAAGUGAAGUUGUUUGUAAACACAGACCACCUGAAGAAUAUUCAAGAUAAAAAAGAGCACCAAGAGCAGAAAAUUGUCAAUGAUCAUCAUCACAAACCCGUUUUGAGAGGGGACAUCGAUAUGGCGCUGAGAGAAUUAAAAGUUUGUCUCCUGGGGGAUACUGGAGUUGGAAAGUCAAGUAUUGUUUGGAGAUUUGUCGAGGACAGCUUUGACCCAAACAUCAAUCCAACUAUUGGGGCGUCGUUCAUGACCAAGACAGUGCAAUACCAAAAUGAGCUGCACAAGUUCCUGAUCUGGGAUACAGCAGGGCAGGAGCGGUUUCGAGCUCUGGCACCAAUGUACUACAGAGGAUCAGCAGCAGCCAUCAUUGUCUAUGACAUCACUAAAGAGGAAUCCUUCCAAACACUGAAGAACUGGGUGAAAGAGCUGCGCCAGCACGGCCCUCCUAAUAUAGUGGUCGCCAUCGCUGGCAACAAAUGUGACCUGUCAGAUGCAAGAGAAGUGCCAGAAAAGGAUGCCAAGGACUAUGCUGACUCCAUCCAUGCCAUCUUUGUAGAAACCAGCGCCAAGAAUGCCAUUAACAUCAACGAGGUGUUUAUAGAGAUAAGUAAGCGCAUCCCCGUUGUGGACACAGCAGGAGCAACUUCAGGGAAAGCUUUCAAGUUGGGACGGCAGGCCUCAGAGUCUCGCAGGACGUGCUGCUGAUGAUGUCGGUGACUGUCCGGCCUGUUACAACCCAAAACCCACCACACAUCCCUCAAACACCCUGCAUGACAGCGCCACUCUGAUGGAUGUAGCAAAACAUUUCUAGGGCGCUCAACAAAAGCAAAUCAUCAAGUUUGGUCUGACAAUUGCUGGCAGCAGAAAUACUUCAGGUUUACUGAGCAUUGACAAAAUGCAAAGAUGCAUUCACAUGCCGGUGAAAGAAAGCCCUGUGUGCAAUUCUCCUGGCUUCUGUAGUGGACAUCAGCCUUUAUCGCUGUAGGUUGAUCAGAGGAACUUUACAGCUGCAGAUUGAUGGAUUCAGAAGUCAUUUGCACUUGUAAAUUUGUACAAAUCUAUCGUUCAACCAAAAAAAAUGCAAUGAAGUGGUUUAAUCUCACCAAAUUAUUUUGAUAGUACUUAAGUUAUUGCCUUUUUUGAUAUAUAUCUCUCCCCAAACAUUCUUUAUGAAAGAUCCAUCUUUACCGUUAACAUGUGUACUCACUAAUUUAUUGAAGAUUGAAGAAAGAAGUUAACGUUGGCUACGUGUCUCAUCCUCUCAUUGCAGUGUUGGCUGUUUCCAGUCACAGUUAUAGUCAAAACAGAUUGUGCAGAUUCAUUUACAUUUUACUGUGUGAUUGCAGUUUCUAUCAAGGCAAAAAACACCACAGGGGUGUUUUGAUAUAAACCACAGUCACACGGUAAACGAUGCAGAAAUGAAAGGUGUGUGGGAGCCUACUUCCUUUACAUAGUUCAGCACUUUGGGAAACUGAUGCCCCUGCAAUGUCUGUUUGGUAAAUAAGUCGCAGGAACCAGGAGGCAGUUAGCUCGGCUUAACAGAAAGACUGAGUCAGGCUCGCUGUUUUAACCAGCUGAUGGCUGGUGCCUUAUAUUUGAUGUCAUCGUUCUUCUCAUCUAACUCUGCCAGAGAGGAAAAAGGCAUAUUUCCCAGAUUUCCUUCAAUUGUGAACUUUGUUAUUCUUGAAUAUGGAUCUCUUGAUUACAACUUACUCCUGAGAAUGAUAACAAAUUGUUCUAAAAUCUAAACUCUGUGAUCAGAAGAACCUUUCCGUCAACAUCUACCAACGAUGGUGCUUUAAUCAGAGCUUAAAAUAGUAGCUGAUGAUUAUUCUAUGAUAACAGUUCCAGCUGCUCACAUCUGUUCCACAUUUCCACUUGUAAUCACUGUAUUAACAGUGUAUGACGUGCCCCAUAGUGCACACAGUGUAGAGAACCAGCCAGCUUCCCAAUAUUACUUUUUCUUCUAAUCUCAUUUUAACUGUUCACUGGCGAGCUCGUCUGUCUUUAGCCUUUUGCUGCUACUUUGUAACAGUUUAAUGGGGGAGGCUGAUUGUUGUGAGGUGUUGCCAAAUUCUUUAAUUGUUCCAUAAACAUUUUUCAUCUUUCCUUUUUUUUUUUUUCACAUAAUCAGCAGCGACUCACACAUCCAGUGGUCUUUUACUACUUGGCCUGUGAUGAAAACAAUGAAAUCUGGAAACUAGAGCUCAUUCAGAGGAAGCUCAUAGUUUGGAGCUUAAGUCUCCCGUUAGCAAGAGGUUAUAGGUGGAGAAUCAGAUGUGGCACUGUGUCGACAUGCUGACCCCGUGUUGAACCUUGGUCUCCACUCUGCUCUGAAUUACUGUAGGCGCUUUGUUCCAGAAUCUGCGUUCUUAUCCGUCCUUUCUUUCGCUUUUUCUGCUUCAUUCCUCUUAACCCCAGGCUUUUACUGCUAGUGUUUAAUUGUGGUAAACUGUACAAGAGCUCUCACAGAGCCAUUUACUUUCACUUGAAUCCUUAUUACUCUGUGUUCCUUAUGCUAUAUUGCAGUGGUUUUGUUACCUCUUAUAUUGGCCAAAUUACAUAGCAGUUGACUCAUGACCUUAAGCGGACUUCUUAUUUCUGUGUAAUUUUAUGCUUAUCUGUAUCACUUGAGCACCUUUGACCUCCAAACCUCUGCAAACUGCACAUGUGGACUUAAUUAGACAUUGGUUCCACGUUUCUAAAUAUGAACUGUGUGCUUUUCUUUCAGUGCAAGCAACUAUUUGCCUUUAAGCAUCUAACAUGUAGCUGUUCUUGAUGAGUUGUGUAAUAAGCAGUGCUGCCUAUUUUUCAGGAUUUUCCUGUGGAGUGCAAUAGUUUUUACUGCAACAAAUUCAAAAUGUGACCUGAUUGAAGAACACAGUUAAGCACGACGACUGGCGCAAAACUGUGAUCUCAUUCCCUUAGCCUCCAACACAUGAUAAUAACAGGUUUGUGUUGACCUCAUUUUAUGCUGGUUUGAUGGUAAUUUUGCUCUGUGGAGUAAAUGAGCAGUGCGACUGGGCAACCCUUGAAAACCUGAGAAAAUCUAAACUUUUAAUUCACUCUGCUGUCUUUGAUAAUUCCUCCAGCACUGCAUUAUAAUGUCGACUCUCGCUAGAAUUUACCACAGCUUCAGCAAAUUCAUUUAAAACGGGAAAUCACUCUGGUACUUUGACUGUUUGUAUUAAUUAGCCCACUUUACUAACUAACACUCUGUCUGCAGUCUGUUAUUAUCUCUGUGAAAUCACUUGAUGAAAUAAUCGUGUAAAGCCUCAGACUUCUUAAUGUCCCUUCAUGUUGGUUUAGGUUUUGAGUGUGUGCUCAGUUGUUAUGGCGAUGAAGAACGUGGUGCCAAAUUAGGUCAAGGUCAUUAUUUCCACACACAUAAUUAACCUUUUUUUUUUAUUAUUGUUAAUGUGAUAUAAUGAUUUGAAGUGCUAAUCACAUAAUUACUUAAAAAGUUUGAUGAUUAUGACACUCGAUUUCCCUUAUUUGGAAACAGGAGACAUGAGUAGAAAUUUUGUGUCAUUAGUUUUGCAUUGAAAAGUAUCAGUAGUCUUGGGCUGGCCCUGGGAAUGUGAUAAAUCUAUAUAAUGUAUCUUUUACAGUGUAGAUAUAUAUACAUCAGAUUGCACACAAGUCGAUGACUAUAUUCUAAGCCGGUUGUGUUACAACAGUAUACCCGUACACCAUUUGCAGUAAACAAACCCUUCAGCAGUGUAGUUACCAUAUUUAGCUUUUUAGUACGUUUCAUAUAAAUUGUAACAAAAUGCCUGAAAACACUUGUUUGCAGUGUAAUUCCAAAAGUGUAAAAAGGGAAUUGUGAGUUGUUUACUAAUAAAAGACUGACAAAAAAUA